UGACCGCUGAGCUGGAGAUGUGCCACUCAGAUGGGAGGAGUGUUAAAGCUGAGUGGGUGUAUGCUGGGGGUGGUGGUCUUAACAAGCAGAUUCUGUGGAAAUGCAUGAGACGUGAUCCAUGUUUUCAUCAGUGGGGGGUGGACAUGCUGUGUGUUCGUACAUGCUGAUGUGUGUGUAAGUGUCAAUAGCUUUGACUGGUUCUCGUCUAGUUUGAACAGUUCAUGCACUUUGGCUCACACUCUGAAACUGUGAUUUCUUAUCCACUGCAUCAGGUGUCAGUGAAGCCUUUACCCUAAAGCUGGUUUGGGUUACCGCAGACAUACCCUGUGGAUAGUGGAACCCAUUUGUAGUCACAUAAUCACCACAACUGGAGACCAGAAAUGGAGAACAAAACAUCAGGAAUGAGCGAGGGCCUCCAUGUGAACUGCAGUAUGUCUGGAAGACACAGCUUCAUCUUCACCUUCAUCCCCGUCGUCUACGGAUGCAAUUUCGUCAUCGGGAUCAUUGGCAAUAGCAUGGUGGUGGCUGUCAUCUACCGCUACAUGAAGCUGAAGACAGUAGCAAACGUGUUUGUGCUCAAUCUAGCCAUAUCAGACCUCACCUUCCUUAUUACGCUACCUUUGUGGGCCACCUUCACAGCUACGGGGUACCAUUGGCCAUUUGGGACCUUUCUGUGCAAGGCAAGUGCCGGAUUGGUCAUCUUCAACCUCUAUACUAGCAUAUUCUUCCUCACCGCUCUUAGCAUUGAUCGUUAUCUUGCUAUCGUACAUCCAGUGCGCUCCAGACGCCAGCGCACGCUUUUCUACGCCAACCUCACGUGUGUGCUCAUAUGGCUGUUUGCCUUGUUCCUCAGUGCACCUACAGCACUAAGCCGGGAUGUGUACGACAUUGGGAACUCUACAUUGUGCGCUGUGUGGCACCGCAGUGAGCAGAUUAACUUGCUAGUUACCCUUAGCGUGCUAAAAAGCGUGCUAGGUUUCCUUGUGCCUUUCCUCGUCAUCAUCACCUGCUAUUGCCUGAUCGGUCAGGCACUUAUGGGUUCCAAGGGUCUGCUGAGGAAAAAUGUUCGCUCUCGGGAAGACGAAACUCUCCGUAUGAUAGCUGCUACUGUGCUAGCUUUCUUUGUUUGUUGGGCUCCUCACCAAGCUUUCCACUUCGUGGAGCUGCUGGCCACACUUGGCGUAGUGGAAAACUGCCAAACACUGGAUGUUAUUGACACAGCCAUGCCAUUUACCAUCUGCAUCUCCUAUUUAAACAGUUGUGUAAACCCCAUUCUUUAUGGGUUUGUAGGACACAACUUUCGCAAGAACCUACUGAGGUUACUAGGUUGUGGGUCUGGACAAUCUAGCAAUAACAUUAGCAUUAGCUCAAAGAUGAAUGUCAGCUCCCAUUGUAACUCUGGACUGCUCAACCCAACAAGCUCCAAGAACAAUUCAACAUCCGCUGUUAAGACAUCUUUAGUGUAAAAGGCGUAGCUGAAAUUUUGUAUUUAUCUGUUUUGGGAUUUUGAAUGGUACUAUAAGAUAUUUUUGAUUAGCCAGCAAGAUACAGCACUUGGCCAAUGCACUGCCAAAGCAUAGUUCUGAUAAACAUGAGUUACUGUAUCAGUAACGAUCAAAGGAGCAAGAGAAUUGCAUUCAAAUGUCAGUACCAUUAACUAAGAUGUGUUAUUCUGCUAUAAACAUAUUCACUUUAACUAACUUACGUUUCAAGAUUCUUCAUCAUGACUGCAGAUAAAACUGAACGGUGUAUGCCAAUAUCUAUAAAUAGCAGUCUGCUUCUCCGGUAAGUUUUCUUUUUCAGGUCAAGUGUACUUUCAUUUGACAUAUUUAUGAAUGCAGACUGAAUAAUGCAACUAAAUUGGCAUUUGACUACAUGCACUGAAAUAUUUUUUGUUUAAAAUUUUCUUUAAAAUAAUUUAUUUUCAUAAAAACUGACCACAUUUAACACACAAAACCAUAAAAAUACCAAAUAAAAUUAUUAGAAAAAAAAAAAGAAAAAGAAAAGGUAUUGCAUAUUGCAAAAACUAUGUAUAGGUGAUACUGUGUGUAUACUGUACUUAUCUCGGUCACUCUUUUUUUCCCCACUUUAAAUAAUGUAUUUUACUAAAACCACAAUGUAUAUAACAUAUUUUUGAAUGCAGUACGACAGUUUGAAAUGCUAAAUUAUAGUUGUGAUCUAAGUGACCUAAUUAACUCAAAUACUUUGUGAUAGUGCAACUGCAACGUUUCAAGACUUUUUCAAGAGUAAGAAAAUGUAUUGAUAACUGUAGUGAGAUAUUAACUUCUUCUAUAUGAGAUAUGAAUAUGAAAACCAUACACACUGAACAUAAAAAAAAAAAAAAAACUUUUAAAUUCUUGAAUGUUUUUGUUUUGCUAUAUAAUUUCUAAUUUUGCAAAGACGUUAUAUAAUAGCAUAAUACAUAUUUGUUUGUUUGUUUGUUGUGGUAUAGAAUUUACCCUUUAAAAAUACAUUAUUUUCUCUCUCUCUUUCAUGUUCAUUCCAUAUUUGUACUCAUCUACACUGAACAUUCAAAAAGCACUAAAUGUGUUUAGGACUACUUAAAUAAAAGCCAGUUUUUUUAAACGAUGGCCCCGAU